AGGCUCAGGCCCUCUGGAAGAACUGUGAACAUUUGGCAGCUUGGUUUGACCACCUGGCAAAGAGCGGGUUCUGAGAAGCGAUGGUGAUGAAGGCCUUUGUCCUGUUGGCUGUCUUUGCAGAAGCCUCUGCAAGAUCUUGCACUCCGAAUAAAGCAGAUGUCAUUCUUGUGUUUUGUUAUCCCAAAACCAUCAUCACCAAAAUCCCUGAGUGUCCCUAUGGCUGGGAAGUGCAUCAGCUGGCCCUCGGGGGACUGUGUUACAAUGGGGUCCAUGAAGGAGGUUACUAUCAAUUUGUGAUCCCGGAUCUGUCACCUAAAAACAAGUCCUACUGUGGAACCCAGUCCGAGUACAAGCCCCCCAUCUACCACUUCUACAGCCAUAUCGUUUCCAAUGACAGCACAGUGAUCGUAAAGAACCAGCCCGUGAACUACUCCUUCUCCUGCACCUACCACUCCACCUACUUGGUGAACCAGGCCGCCUUUGACCAAAGAGUGGCCACUGUUCACGUGAAGAACGGGAGUAUGGGCACAUUUGAAAGCCAAUUGUCUCUCAACUUCUACACUAAUGCCAAGUUCUCCACUAAGAAGGAAGCCCCUUUUGUCCUGGAGACAUCUGAAAUUGGUUCAGAUCUGUUUGCAGGAGUAGAAGCCAAAGGGUUGAGUGUUAGGUUUAAAGUGGUUUUGAACAGCUGUUGGGCCACACCAUCAGCUGAUUUCAUGUAUCCCUUGCAGUGGCAGCUAAUUAACAAGGGCUGCCCCACGGAUGAAUCCGUCCUCGUACAUGAGAAUGGGAAAGAUCACAGGGCCACCUUCCAAUUCAAUGCUUUCCGGUUCCAGAACAUCCCCAAACUCUCCAAGGUUUGGUUACACUGUGAGACAUUCAUCUGUGACAGUGAGAAGCUCUCCUGCCCCGUGACCUGUGACAAGAGGAAGCGCCUCCUCCGGGACCAGACAGGGGGCGUCCUGGUGGUGGAGCUCUCCCUCCGUAGCAGGGGAUUCUCCAGUCUCUAUAGCUUCUCAGAUGUCCUCUAUCACCUCAUCGUGAUGCUGGGGAUUUGCGUCGUGUUGUAGGAGAUCGCCAGGCAGGCACGGCAUCUCCUCCCACCCGACAUCACCUCCUGGGUCCGCGGCGAACUCCCAUUUAUUGUGCUGCCGGCAAGAACAAACAGAAGAGCAUAUUGUUGAGAAGCAGAAAGUAGUGCUUUGCCCAUUACGUCUCCAAUGAUUUUUGUGAAUCUUAGUGAUUGCCUUCGCGCCCCAUGUCUUCCUGUGACUUCCUGCGACUUGGCAGUUCCUCUCCUGCAGCUGGUGGAGGAGUCUCCUUUCCCCAUGCUCCAGUCAGGGCUGCAGUGGACUCCUUUGAAAGCUAUUCUGAUUUUAAAAGAC